GGUCUGUACGGACUAUGCUCUGAAGUCUAAGCCAGAAAACAUAUAAACCAUGAUGACCUGUAUCAAGAACGCGGCGCCAAUCUCAGACUGCAUAAACCACCUCCAAUGGAAACUCCGACCCGUAGAUCUCUCAUCCUCCUCUCCUCAAAUCCACACAGUUCCCGCACUCUCACUGAUUUCAAUUCUAUCUUCAACCAGCUCAACACCCUCAUUUGCACCCAAACUCCCCAAACCUUGAACCCUAAUCCCAAAACUGUGAGAAGUAAAGAAUUCGCGAAAAUUCCCAGCCCAAGACUGAGUUUUUCAUCCACCACCCUUUCCAAUCAGGAAUUCGUGAAGAACCGAGAAAAACCCGUCUCCCCUAGCUGGUUAAAACCGGCUUCCAGAGGGUCUCCUACGGUCCAUGCUCUGUUCAAGAAUUUGUCUGUGCUUGAAAGGGCGCUCAUUGGUGCUGCUGCUGGUGGGAUUGCUGGUGCGUUCACUUAUGUUUGCCUUCAUCCGCUCGAUACAAUCAAAACCAAGCUCCAGACGAGAGGGGCGUCGGAAAUUUACAAGGGCGCGUUUGAUGCUAUUGUUAAAACUUUCCAGAGUAAGGGGAUUCUUGGAUUCUACAGUGGGGUUUCUGCUGUCAUUGUUGGGUCAACUUUUUCUUCUGCGGUUUAUUUUGGGACUUGUGAGUUUGGUAAGUCGAUUUUGUCGAAAAUUGGGCAGUACCCGCCUGUGCUGAUUCCUCCAACAGCAGGUGCAAUGGGGAACAUUGUGUCCUCAGCAAUCAUGGUGCCAAAGGAAGUGAUCACGCAGAGGAUGCAGGCUGGUGCAAAGGGGAGAUCUUGGGAGGUUUUGUUGAGAAUUUUGGAGAAAGAUGGUAUUUUGGGGCUGUAUGCUGGGUAUAGUGCGACAUUGCUUAGGAAUUUGCCUGCUGGCGUAUUGAGUUAUUCGUCAUUUGAGUAUUUGAAAGCUGCGGUGUUGAGUAAGACCGAAAAGGCUUAUCUGGAGCCCUUCCAGAGUGUUUGCUGUGGGGCACUGGCAGGGGCCAUCUCCGCUUCUUUGACAACCCCCUUGGAUGUGGUGAAAACUCGGUUGAUGACUCAAGCUCAUGGGGAGGCUGUGAAUAAGGUUGCUGCUGCAAUGUAUGGUGGGGUCUCAUCUACGAUUAAGCAGAUUCUUAAGGAAGAAGGGUGGGUUGGAUUUACGCGCGGGAUGGGGCCUCGAGUUUUUUAUAGUGCAUGCUUUUCAGCUAUAGGUUACUUUGCAUUUGAGACAGCUCGGCUUACACUUUUGGAUCAGUACCUGAAACGGAAGGAGCUCGAGAAUGUGGCUUUUCCUUCUGCUGCCUCACUCAAUCAAAGUGGAUGAAAAUGUGGAAAGAUUUUGCACUUGUUCGUUCUGAGGGUGUUAGAAGUUGCAAGGCGUGGGGUGGGGUCAGCUGCCCUACUAAUCAAAGUGGUUGAGAAUCUGGCUGCAGAAUUCAUAAUGUUGUAAUCAGGGGCUGAUGGUAUUUUAUUCUGAAAGGGGCUUCCUUUUUUCAAACAGUUCAUACUGAUUUUGCUUAUAUCUAAUAUCAUUACUUAAUUGUCAAAUAAUGAAAAACUGUUUCUCAGCGAUGAUCCGUACUGCAAAUUUGAAGCUUUCCCUUGUUGAAUAAACAUAUGAUUGACACAUGACCGUAGUGGUUAUGAUUA